AUGGCAUCUUUGGAGGGCAAAAUUGCCAUCACUGGUGCAUCCUCGGGCAUGGGACUUGCAACCGCAAAAUUGGUCGCAUCUCGUGGUGCAAUCGUGUCCAUGGCAGAUAUCAACGAGGCUGCUCUGCAAACAGUGAUUGAGUCACUACCGGGCAGUGAAAGCCAUUUCUAUACGAGAGUCGAUGUACGCGAUAGCUGUCAGGUGGAUACCUGGAUUAAAUCUACUGUGAACAAACUGGGAAAGCUUGAUGGCGCUGUGAAUAUGGCGGGGGUCAUUACUCCGACGAUGCCCAUCACAGAAACAACGGACGAGACUUGGAAUUUCAAUUUCGACGUGAACUCAAGUGGGCUAUUCUAUUGUCUGCGGGCACAGUUGAGAGCUAUGGGUGCCAGAGGCAGCAUCGUUAAUGCUGCCAGUGCGUUUGGGCAGAUGGGCUCACCUGGAGUUUCCCCUUAUUGUGCUAGCAAAGCAGCGGUUAUUGGACUUUCACGAACGGCAGCCAAAGAAAACAAAGAUAUUCGAGUCAACUGUGUUUCCCCAGGCUCCGUUAACACUCCUAUGUCUCAGGGUGAAGAUCCCGAAGAUGUGAAAAGAGGCUUGCAGGCCACCGCGCUAAAGCGACGUGCAGAGCCAAUUGAAGUGGCAAAUGUGGUUGCAUUCUUAUUGAGCGAUGAGGCAUCCUUUGUGACGGGCGCGGUGUACAAUGUUGAUGGAGGCUGGCUGUGUUGA